AUGGCCACCAGCACUGGCACCCACAGGCGUGGGAUCCCCUCCGGAGCUGCUGGCAUUCGCAGGAUCCUACUCAUCCCACACCUUAUAAAAGCUGUGAACCAGUUUAAACUGGCCACAAACCAAUACAUGGGAGCCGAGCCCAAAACAACAACCUCAAAACACUGGGGCCAGCCCCAUGGGUCCCAAUUGACCCACGUGGACAAAGCUGCACUGGUGCUUCCAGGGGACCAGCGUGUCCGCAAGCUCUCCCACACCCUGCAAGGCUUUGGUGAGGGUGUUCUGAUCGCUGUGUUCUCCUUCCCUAAUUGUUUUCCAGUUGCUUUCCUGUCAAAGCCUCAAGGCUUGGUUACUCCCAAGAAAAAAGGGAACGGGAAUAAAAGAAGAAAAGGCAAAGGCCUGGGGAAGAAGAGAGACCCGUGCCUGCGGAAGUACAAGGAUUUCUGUAUUCACGGCGAAUGCAAAUACAUCCGAGAGCUGGCAGCUCCCUCCUGCAUAUGCCAGCCAGGAUAUCAUGGAGAGAGAUGCCACGGCCUCUUGCUGCCUGUGGAGCACCCUCUCAGUGCAUACGACCACACCACGGCACUGGCCGUCAUUGCUGUCGUCCUGUCCUCCCUGUGCCUCGUCAUCAUUGCAGCCCUGCUGAUGCUCAGAUGUCACAAGAGGGGUGUCUACGAUGUAGAAAACGAAGAGAAAAUCAAGCUGGGCAUCACUGUGAAUCACUGAGGAUGCUGCGUGCUGGCGAGGGGUCAGCACUAACGCACUUCUACCUCCUGGAAGAGGCGAGAGCCGUGGAGCCAGCGCCAUCCCUGGGAUCCUGCAGCGCAGCGGGAGCUUGCUGGAGCAGCAGGACAGCACCCACUUUGGGGCUGGUCGGGCAACGGUGUCACCGGAAGGAGUUUCGUGGCCAUCUGUGGGACGGAGGGGGCUUGGGAGAGGCACUUGCCCAUCAGGCGGCUUCAAGGAGGCAGGAGGCACCGGCCAGCCAGCGGCACAGGGGCUCUCCAGCAGCUCUCCGUCCACUGCGGUGCAUGCUGAGGAACAAACUGUGAAAGGCGAGGAGACUGGGCUCGGGGCUUUCUUAGGCGCAGGAGGGGUGGGAGGGUAACAGCUAUUUAACAAGAUAUUUUUCAUUUUAAAUUAUAUAUUUAUUUUAGAUAAACUGUACAUAGUAUUUAUAUUUAUUGUAGGCCUGGCCCUGUAUCCUUCAUGUAGGUCAAGAUUGACAGGGUCAGACCUCCCUUAUUUUUUAAGUGCAAUGUAAUAUUCUAAUAAAUAACACUUUGUUACAAA